UGAAUUAUUCACCAGCAGAUAGCAGAAGCUGUGAAAAUAAUUCCACCAUCUCUUUUCUCAAAGAACAUAAGGCACCAUACCUGAUCAAAGCCAUCAUGUUCCGGGUAGCGAUGCUGACAGUGGUAACCUGGGCUCUAACAUCAGCUCACAGCUCUCAGGAUCCGGACAAGGUGUCUGAAGCAGACAUCCAACGCUUGCUGCAUGGGGUCAUGGAGCAGUUAGGCAUCGCUCGGCCUAGAGUGGAAUAUCCGGCUCAUCAAGCUACAAAUCUGGUUGGACCGCAGAGUAUUGAAGGAGGCGCUCAUGAAGGAUUGCAACACCUGGGCCCCUAUGGCAACAUUCCCAACAUCGUGGCAGAGCUUACUGGUGAUAACAUACCGAAGAAUUUUAAUCAGGAUCAAGGUUAUCCUAAUCCACCUAACCCCUGUCCUUUGGGAAGAAAAGCUGCUGACGGAUGCCUGGAACAUACUCCUGACACAGCCAAAUUCAGCAACGACUACCAGGUCCAUCAGCGCCUCUUUGAUCCACAGCAUGAUUACCCAACAAUGGGAAAAUGGAACAAGAAUGUGAUGUACGGAAAUGUGAAAGGUACCCCAGGAAGGAGAAGAAGGAGUGUGAAUCCAUACCUGCAAGGGAAGAGACUCAACAACGUUGUCGCCAAGAAAUCAGCUCCUCAUUUCUCUGAAGAGGACAGAUGGGCCAAUGAAUAG